AUGAAACUCCCCACCGAACUUAGAACCGGAGUCCGCUUUAUGGGUGUAAAAUGCACUCUCGAGAGUUAUAUUCCCAUUUACAGCUGUUCUCAACAAAAAUCACCGUGAGAUUCUGCGUCGGAGCGGGAUGAAAUGGACGCCUCUGCACGAACGUCUUUUGCAGUUCCACAUGGGCAACCUGGAGUUCGCGUGUGGCUCGUCGCUGGCUGACGUUUGUAGCAAUUGAACUUUGAUGAUUAUUGUUGAUUUUGUAGGUUUCGUGGCGAUGUUGGGACCAAAACGAAGACAUGCCUUCCUUUGCCGGGAGACAUGCACUUCUUGUCGAUGGAACGGCUCCUAUCAUCACCAAGCUCACGGAACAGUUAGAUAUCAAUUUCGACAUCAAGGUUUGCAUUCGAAAAAAUCCAGCUAUAAAUUAUUUCUAAACUUAAAAAUUUAGUUUUUUUCUUCUUUUUUCGCUUCGAAAAAUUCUGUUUAUUUGAAUUUGAGUGUGAAAAUAAGCUAUCACCAGGUGAAAAAUAUCGAGUAUGAACGUAAAGAUGAAAACGAUGGCUAUCCGAUCCGCAUCGCAACCGAAGAUGCUCUCGGCAACCGGAAAUCUUUCGAAUGUGAUAUGGUUGGUAUAAUUUCGAUUUUGGAAAGAAAAUUAAAAAAACGAUCCUUUUAGGUGCUUUGCACGAUGCCGUUGAAAGUGCUGCAAACGUCGCCGGAUCUUUUCAGUCCACCUUUAUCUGGGGAGAAAGUUGCAGCCUUGAAAGGCAUUGGAGCUGGAUUGAUCGAGAAAGUUGGUUUUUUACUCACUUUUUAAUUUAUUUAUUCUACUAGGUUAUUGUACGGUUCUCAGAACCUUUCUGGGAAGAGUAUUUCGAGCCUGGAAACUUUUUCUUCGGCCAUGUGCCAAAGGUUCCCGAGCAGAGAACGGUCUUUAACCUGUUCCACGACUUCUCCAAAAGGGUUUUUAGUGUUUGCAAUAAAAUCAUAUCAGUCGAUCUCUUUACAGGAUGGACCCGUAGAAAACCGUUCUUACGUCUUGAUGUCUUAUCUUGGGGGCCGAUCUGUGGACCUCGUGAACGAAAAGUCUGACGAACAGAUUGUCGAACUUUUUGUAGACGUUUUAAAAAGCCUUUUUCCGAAAAAGGUGCGUUUCUGGAUAGAGGACAAUUGUAUUCAAGUUCUAUUUCCAGUCCGACAAGAUCAAGGCGAUCGACUCUUUUGUGACACACUGGGGUAAAAAUGCGUUUACCGGAAUGUCCUACAGUUACGUGAAGAUCAAUGGAACCGGUGACGACUACGACACAAUUGCCAAAAGCGUUGAUGACAAAGUAUUCUUUGCCGGCGAGGUGAAUAGAUCGGAUUAUUCAGAAAUCAAUCUGUUCAUUCCAGCAUACCUGUCGUUUUUAUCCUCAAACGAUGACCGGAUCAGCUAUGAGUGGCUACCGCGAGGCUGGGAAAAUACUACAGAUCCUCCACAAGGAAAAGCAAUAA